GGAAGAAGCAGCAUUUGUGUCUGUGCUCUGGCCAUACCUCCAGGUUUUAUUUAUUUUUUUCUUUAAAGGGAAAAAAACAAAACUCAAAUAAACAAGUUUUAAUAACCCAAGACAACUGCUUUAUUAGAACAGCUAUCAACUCUCAGGAAGCAAAAAGGGGAUUGCUAGCAAGAUCUUGCAUCAGAUGCUUUGCCACAGUGGAUCUUACAGCAGUGGGUUUGCAGAACUGAUCAGAGAGAGAUGCAUCAAAAAGGAACUUCACAGUCAUUUAUGUAUUUUUAAGGAUACAUAAGGAAUCAUGGUGAGCAAAGAAGAGGACAAAUGUGUACUAACAUCCUCUGAAAGUGAAGUUGAACCAGCAGUUUCACUUGCCUUAGAGAUGAAAUAUGCACUGGAUCCAAAUAGGCAGAUUAAAAAAAGGAACAAGGCGCUUCAGGUGAGGUUUAAAGAUAUUUGUGAAGCCCAAAAUGAACAGAGGGAUAAACAGCUUUCUACGGUGCCACAAACUGAUAAAAAAGAUACAAAAUCUUUGUCUUACAAAGCCUAUCGGAAAUAUAUGACUGUGCCUGCUAGAAGGUCCAUACCCAAUGUCACAAAGAGCACAGGAGUUCAGACUUCACCUGACUUGAAAAAGCGUUACCAGACUUUUCCUCUGGAUCGCAAAAAAGGGAGUCUUUUAAAAAAUGCUGCUGGUGUGGAUACGUUAAAAAGUCAAAACAAUGGAUUUGUUAUAGACGUGAAGGAUAAAACUGACCAUAAAAACUCAGGGGAGACUAUUCAAUGUGGCAGGUUUGGAGAUCAAGUGGUGGCUGAACUGAUGAUACAUUCUAGCGAAGACAUGGAUACCAUCAAUCUACUAUCCUCUAGCAAUUGUUCAGACGCAUGUAAGAGCACUGAUUUGCACAGCUGUACUAAAGAGACCCCUUCUCUUCAGAACCCAGCAAACUCUACUUCAGAACAUGUCAUCUGCCAUUUGCAUGAAACAGCAAAACAUGACAAACGGCCAUUAAGGAACAUGCAAUCCCAUCACUCAGCACACGUGAAAGUGCUUUUGAAAGAAGAAGCCACAAUUCACUCACCUGCACUCAACCCAAACCUAAUAGACCCUGAGGAAUCAAACCCAGCAAGUGAUAACAAUGAACGAACAGUAUGCUCAUUGACAGAGGAUGAGAGCAAAAGAACUGCACAGAUUAAUGGCUUGCCAACCCAAGACGCAAAUGCAAAAGCAUGUACAACACAGUCACAGUGUCAAACAGCAGAAUGUAAUGAACAGACACUUCAGAUAAACUUUUUACCUAAAAAUCAGCCUUCUCAGACGCCGGUUCCUUUGGGUGAUGAUUGCCAACAAAUUGUGCCUCACACAGAAGUGAUAGACUUAAAAGCACAGCUCCAAACCAUGGAAACUCUGAUAAGUUCCAGCCAGGAAACAAUUAAAGUGCUUUUGGGUGUCAUUCAGGAGUUGGAAAAAGGAGAAGCUCACAGAGAAGGGCUUUCAUAUCGGACUGGUCAAGACACUGCAAACUGUGACACGUGCAGGAAUAGUGCAUGCAUCAUCUAUAGCGUUGAACUGGAUUUCAAGCAGCAAGAGGACAAAUUACAACCGGUCUUGAAAAAACUACAUCCUAUUGAAGAAACUCAGGUUGCACCCUUGCCUUAUCCUGCAGAAAGUUACACAUCAACUCCCAAGCAAAAAUCCAAAACAGAAUCGAAAAAACAUGGAAGGUGGAAACUUUGGUUUCUAUAGCUGAAUCUGCUGGAAAGAGAGCCUCAGGCCUUCUUAGGCACAUAUCGGAAACACCACAAUUUUAAAUACAAGGGAUCUUGGUAACCUUAUCACGUUAUCAGGAAGUAUCCGAUGUUUGUGGGUAGUAUGCAGAUAACUACUGUGCGUACCAAAAAGGCCUUUAUACUUGCCACUCGUUUGUAGAAGCAAGAUAUAAAAAAAAAAAAAAAAAAAGCAUAAAUCACAAAAUGCCAACUUUUACUAGCAGAUCACUAUGCGGGAUGUAGAGUUCAACUUUAAAAAUUUCUAACGUUAGAUUUAAAAGGGAAAACAAGUUCAAACACUUUAAUUUUAAAUUUUCUAAAAAAAUAUUUUUGUUUUAUUACUAGCAUAAAUGUUUAAGGCUGUAAUUGUCACAGUCUUUUUUUUUCCUUCUUUUUGCUUAAAACAUUGAACUGAGAAUAAACAUCAACGCCUUAUCUCAACUGGGGUUUUAAUUUUAAAUUUCAUCUUGAAAACAAGCAGGGGAUGAGUGCAGUUUUCAGCACACCAGAAUCUGGAGAAAGCACAAAUUUUCAAAUGGUCACAGACCAUGAAGUCUCAAAGAUGUGAUGAUACGUGCACAUUCGCCUCCUGUGCUAAAGAACAUCUUAGGUACUUUCACACUCCUAAUUUACUGACAUUAUAUCAAAUUAUAUUUAAAUUGCUCAUUUUGGAAGUGUGGGCAGCCAGACAUCCCAAAGUCAGAACAUGCCUUUAAUCUCAUUGUUCGUUGACAGGGUAAAGGCUAUGGGACACUAUGUUUUCCUCUUUGUAAUGUUUUGGUACCCAGUAUCCUAAAAUUAUUUACAAAGGUUCAGUCAGUUUUAUUUAUGGAAGCUGGACUACUCUUGGAUGCCGCAUUACAAUGUUUUGUAAUGUAAAGUCUAAAAUGCCAUAUCAUUGUAA